AUGUUGUUUGAGAAUGGUUUGCGGUCAGAGAUCUAUGCAAAAGUAGCUGUUUUGGAGAUGAAGAUAUAUUCUGCAUUGGUAAGCAAGGCAUUACUAGCUGAAAGGGGAGUAGAAGAGGAAAAUAGAGCUGAGGAACAAAAGGCUAAGGAACCACAAAAGAAGAGACUUAGAGAGGAGAGACAAGUAGAGCAUCGUGGUGGUGGUAGCAAUCCUAGCAAGAAGCCUUACACCCAAGGUCAGAAGCAGAAUAAGGGCAAAAGUGGGGCUACCCAAGGUCAGACAUUCGGGAAUGAGACUCAGGAAAAGAAGUCAGCGGCUACCCAAGGACGGGUCUAUGCUCUCACUAGAAAGGAGGCUGAGGUUGCUCCAUCUGUGGUCCAAGGUACACUCCUUAUAUCAUCUGUACCUGCUAGAGUUUUAAUUGAUUCAGGAUCUACACAUUCUUUUGCUGCACCUAAGCUUCUACGUUGUUUCUCUAUUCCUUGUGAGCCUUUGGAUGCAUGUAUUGCUGUGUCUACUCCAUUAGGAGAAACAUUAGUGUUAGGGGAUGUUUGUAGAUCUUGUGAGAUAGAGUUAGAUGGUAGAAUUUUUCUAGUGGAUUUGAUUUCUUUAGAGAUGAAGGAUUUUGAUGUUAAGGUAGAACAUUAG